GCUUCUGAUGGAGUUCUGAGUCUGGAGAAGAUCUGGACUCAGCAGAACCUCUAAACUGGUCAUCAGCCGUCAUCAGUCAUGAGUUUGUUCUGGGGGAGUUUGGUGUGCGCGGUGGUUCUGAGCAGAACCGCAGAACCAAGCGGAGAGUCUGCCGGUCCGGGUCCGGAACCCUUCCUGCAUGUUGAUGAGAGGAACUUUUCAAACCGGCUUCUCAUGAGACAAGAGGCUUUUGAGAAGCAGAACCAGUCCCUGCCAGGGCACACUUUUAACCUGAGGGUCCAAGUAAAUGACAUGCAGAGUCGCCAGCCCCUGAGCCAGGCACUAGUAGAGCUCUUUGUCAACUACACCAAGAACAGCACGGCUUUAAGCGGGGAAGACGGUGGUGCUUUGCUUCAUGUACCGUACCACUCAGGGCUGCCUAUCACAGUUGUAGCCAGCAAGAUUGGCUUCGUUUCCACACUGCUGCCUUAUAAAACCAACAGAAUCCCAGUGUUUUCAUCCCUGACUGCAUCUCUGCAUGGUCUGAACCAAGGGAACAUCUGGCUCUUUGAUGAUUCCGUGCUGAUCACUGGCAAAACAGCUGAGGCUUCUUCCCAGCCCAUUGUGCGGUUUCCUCAGAGCCUGCUGAACCUGACACACAGCAGGACCGUCUCCUCUGUUAAAGCCUUCGUGACCGUUCCCAGAUGGACACCAACACAGGACGACUCUCGAAACACUCUGGGCAUCAUGAACAAUAAAUCAGGUUUUGUCAGUGUAGCGUUAAGCCCAGUGGCAGCUGUCAGUGUGCAGCUUUUCUCAGGAGACACGGAGCUUCAUGUAAACGGGCCGAUCCAGAUCAGCCUGGGUGUUCCUGACAGCUGUGGACUUCAGGCUGCCGACGUUGUUCCUGUGUGGUUCUUCAACCAGACUGCCGGAGGCUGGAUGAGAAAAGAACUUGGAAAGAUGAUGAUGGUAAACAAAAAGCUCAUGUGGACGUUUACUGCUCCUCACCUGGGCUACUGGAUGGCGGCACCUUUACCCUCCACCAGAGGUUUUCUUGUCCUCUCCACCCUCAUUGACUUUACCUCACUUCAUUUCUUUUUUCUGACGAUUCUCCUUGGAGGAACGCUCCUUAUCAUCAUCUGUUUUCUGAUUGGGAUGUUAUAUUAUUGCAGAAAGCAUCCCAGAGGCAAUAAAGCCAGAAAGAGCCCAGCAGUGAAUAAAAAUGAUCAAAGCACUUCCACGUGUCACAGUGAGGUCUUUGGGACGUGUUCAGUGGACGCCUCUCAUCCAGCAGAUGGGCUGAGCCAGAAAAGGAUCCAAAAAGAGGAAAGCAGUGAUGUGUUGGUUAACCCUGGUGUUGUGGCCGUUUCAGUCGAGUGCCACAAACUGGACUCGGAACAAACUCCGUCUCUAACAGACAGCUUGUUCUUCUACAACCAACCUGUAGCCAUUCUUCCUGCUUCAGCGUUCUUCCACCUGGAGGAGGAGCCGGAGCAGAACGAGUGGAGCAAGUCGGCCACUCUGCCCCGGAUGGGCCUUUCAACCGGGUCUGCCAUGGAGCCGCAGAGGAAAGACGGCUUCACCCAGACCCUGCAGAAUGCUCCCUCUGCCCCCCAGAGCCCGGCGGUAGAAACUGAAGACCAGCCUGGAGGUUUGGAAAUCUCUCAAGCUGCAAACAGCACAUCCAGGGGUUCUUUCAGCCUCCCAGAGUCAGUUUCAGAACCAGGAACGUUAAAUAAAAUCAGGGUAAGCAGACGUUCUGUCCAUACCUUCACAGGUUUAUCUAAAAUCCCAUCACCUCAGCCUCCUCGAGCCUGGUUUGUGUCUCUGGAGGGAAAACCCGCGGCUGAGAUCCGUUACGCUGUGUCAGAGCAGCAGAGCAGGCGGAGGCCCAUCGACAGCCGAGACACCAGCUUGGACUCUGGGGUGGACAUGAGUGAACUGAGACAGACGUCUGGUAGGAGGACCGUAACGCUGGAGAGGAACACCACUUUUGUCAAAAGCACAUCCAGUAAUAAGGACACACCCCAACAGUAA